AUGAGCGUGCGUGGCCCCUACAAUGUUGGAAGAGCUGUGCCAACGGAUCCAACAUUGGUGCGCUACGUUUCGGCGAUCACGGAACAAAAGAAAUGUUGGGAGUUUGUUGACUGAAAAGUUUGACCGGUUUCAAACUUUGCGCAACAACAUCCAAGAACAUGCAACAGGGUGUGCUAACGGACGCAACAUGUAACAUCCAACAAUGUUGGGAGUUGUUCGUCAACAAUGUUGCGUCCGUUUGCACGGGGCGUAACUCUUUAACCAAUUGAGCUUGUCAAUUAUUUUUUCACAUUUUUUUAAAUCGCGUCGUGCUUUUCUUAAAAUAUUUAUAAAAACAAUUUACAUUAUUUGUUCCAUUGCAGUGUGUGCAACAAAUCCGGAAUACAGUGGUAAGUAUUGAAACUACGUGUCGGUGGAAUAUGAUAGUCCGGGUGCAUGCAUCAUGCAGUUAAUCCCACUAGAGAAAAUUCAUUCUUCAAGUGACUCAGUUCGUAAGGCCAGGGAGUCGCAUUUGAUAGAUAAGGCCAUGACCCUUGAACCUCAUGGCCGUGACGAAUUAUUGUAAUCCAUCUCUUUAGUAUUUUUCCUUUAAAGUUUUUGUGUUGUACGUCAUUUCCGCCUCUCCCUUUUGAUUGCUACAUAAGUUAAGUAACAUCUGUAAACCUGAAGAAGGCUGGUAUGGCCAGCCGAAAUAUUGUUAUAAAAAACAAUACACGUUGUCUUAAAUCAGCUUUGCAGUAGUCUUUGGACUUUUUUCUUUUUUUGGUUCUUCGGGUGUAUUAUAGUCCGAAUGUAACGUUAUACUAUAGUGUUUUCACUCACGUGGCCAGCAUCUAUGCAAAUUUAUUGGAAAAAAAGAAAGCGUUUACAUAAGAAAAGAGUUCAAGACUGGUUUGGGACACAAACAUGGCCGCCGUUUCCUUGCUUUGGGACACAAAUAUGGCCGCCAUGACGUCAUGUGAAAACACACUAUUUGAGAUUUCAGCAAUUAGAUGUCCUCGAUUCGUAGGCUAGGUGUAGCCAGCUACAAGAUGUGUCUCAUUAAUAAGUUUAUCAGUUAAUUAAGUCCAGUCUUGAUAGGACUGAUGUACAGUGAGAGACGUUUCGACAACCUUUGCGGUAGUCAUCUUUAGACUCAAACAGUUUUAGUGCACUAAAUGUUAGUGUCAUUCGAAGUGUUACUUUGAAUGCUUCAAAGUAAAAUUCGAGUUGCACGGUUCUGCAGUCACUGAUAGAGAUUUCACAGCAGGCCACAUUCCCAUAUUUACAACAUCGGCUUUAAGAGUGAAUCCCGUUCAUGUCCUUGGAAUUUUGUCGUGCUAUAAUCUCCAAUUGCGUAACUUGCUAUUACAACUCUCAUUGUCAUAUCUUAGACUAGCGUUGAUAUUGUUUUACUUUGAUUUUGCGUGCUACUCCUAUUCAUUUUAAGGUGACUCGAUAGAGUUUUUCAGGGUCAGCACCUCCCAAGUUUAAGCACAAACUAUACGUCGCCAUAAUUUAUAUUAACCAAAAUUUUUAAAAAGGGACCAUCAAAGCUGUAUUAGAUAAAGAUCUAAAAAUAUGUAAUUUUAAUGGUUACAAUGACGAGUUGUCAGAGCAGCGAAGUGACGCCAUUACAUGUCAUUUUACUUGCACCCGUGUUUCUCGACACUUCCCAAUUCCCAAAGCAACCUUUACAUAAUAGCUAUAGCUGCUACGCGUCUUAAACACUAAGAAUAAUCAAAUAAAUUAAUAGUUCUUUUGUUAUUUCCAGCUGGUGGAAGAUAACUACCCACCUUGGAUGGUCGUUACUUGAUUUAUCAGAAGGCUUGAGUACUCUUGAAUCUUCUGACUCAUAUUCAGAAACUCUCGCUCGGCUUUUGUUUGCUGCCUAUCUUGUUUUUGCUCUUAUCCUCCUCAUUAAUAUGCUGAUCGCGUUGCUUUCCAACACCUACCAGAGAGUGCAGGUAACUGUGACUACAUAACUUUUUAAUGUUAUCAGAGACGUUUUAAGCAUGAACAGCGGUUUGUUUUUGUUGUUGUUGUUGUUUUGUUUUCAAUCAAGGUUUACAAUUCUAGCGUAACGCGAGAGAAUUUGAGACUUGAUAAAACACACGCUCGGAGAGUUUUGAAAUUUUUCAAGAGCGGUUUUCAGUAUAUUUCCAAAAGUCGAAUUUUUUAGGAGAGGGUACGAACCAGGUGAUAAUUUAAUUGGGUUGACCUAAGUUAAGUUAAGUUCGUCUGUUGGAUCAGACACCGAACUGGGCCGAACUAACCGUGAGAGUCGAACCAAUCACACUUCAAAUAAUGUGGCCAGCAAGUUAGCCUGAAUUUCAUCCGAUUACUUCGAGUCGUUAUUACUCACUCAGUAACGUCUGAAUCGACCGGCCGUUAAUGCCGUCCAGUGACGUCACUGCUCCUUGACCUUUGCUUUAAUUCAUGCAAAAAGUAAAACACGAUUUUCAAGUGGCAAACCGAGAAAUAUCGUUUGGAAAUGUCCGUAUGAUACAGAACUGCUUUAUUUUUUUCGAUCGUAAUUCAUGUUUAACGUUCAAACUAUCAACUGCAUGCAGUACAACUCUGAACCGGUUGUACUAACUUCUAUAAUCAAACUCGGUCGCAAUCACGCAAUGAAAUAAACACACACACGGAACACUUAGUUCAAAAACACAAUGAUUUGCUUUAAUUGAAUAGAAGUUAUUUGGUCCUUAACGAAGAAAAAAAAACAAGGAGACAAGAAAGAAAAGGUAACAGAAUCAUUACACUUGAUGGUAAAUAUAGCAAGAAGGUCGGAUUAUAACAUUGAUCUCAGAAAACUUCGCGUAAACAAAAUCACCGGCCGCCGAAACCAUAAAGCGGCUCUAAAUGAAAAACCUACCAACUCUCCGCAAUGAUUCUUCAUUCGCAGUUCAAUUUAGCAUUUCAGUUUCGAAGACAAGGGAAAUUUUGGUGUUUAAGGUAAAGAUUAACCUUAUCGAAAUGUUUGAACUAAACGAAAGGGUGCCACUGAUGCGAUCCGCUGAAUAUCAAGCGACAAUCCCGCUAAAAUUUCUCAAAAUUAUACAUAAUUAUGCGAAUGUUUAGACAAUCAACCAAUCAAAAUCACUACCUGGUUUUCGGGUAGUGAGUGACGUCACUGGACGGCAUUAACGGCCGGUCGAUUCAGACGUUGUUGAGAGGAGAAAACGACUCGAAGCAAUCGGAUGAAUUUCAGGCUACCAGCAAGUUUUCAAGACGACAGAUUGUCCCUGCAAACAGCUGUAUGCGAUGGUCGAGUCAAUAUUUUCGUCGUAAAUUUAUUUGGUUAUUUCGUGAACCCACGGGGUCACCUUGUUUUCUCAUUGCAUGCUGGCGUCGUUGUUAACGCAUCAGAGUGGUCAGAGUUUAGGGCUAGAAGGCUGUAACCGAAAGUACACACAGCCAUUGACUUCAGUAGACGAAAUAAAUUUCUCCAUUUUGGUUGACUUGAACACCUUCACUCGACUUGGCCAAUCUUUGGCCUACCAAACGCACAGGAAUGUGUCUACUUGAGUUCAGCUUUUUGGUUUGACAAACAAAGCAACUUGACCCGAAGCGUUUCGGUCUAGCGCCAAAAUCAACUGCCACACGAAUCUCUGAGUUCGUGGUAUAACUGUUUCGGUAGUACAUUCUGCUUCCCAAAUAAAGUACGAUUGUCUUGAUCUUAUCUUUAAUCAUUUCUAUGCCUGAAAAAAGCCUUCAAGAGGCACAUUUGAUAUAUGAUUCUUCAAAGGUCGAUUACAGAUAAGGCCACAUUUAAAUGACGUAUUGUGCAAAUUACCGCGUUGCUGAGGCAAAAACAUUGUUUCGUAAUUACAACGUCAUAUUGAGAGCACGUCACGAAACGAGUUCAAACAAAGAUUUUCGCAUUUUCUCGCCGUGCUACAAACAGGUCAGUGUCACAACAAACAUUAACAACAGCGGCCCGGGGGGGGGGGUACUUCCUUAUAAGAGGCUAAUGGGGAUGUGCCGCAGGGACACGUCACGAAACCAGUUCAAAAAAAAAUUUACGCAUUUUCCCGCCGGGCUACAUACAGGUCAGUGUCACAACAAACAUUAACAAGAGGGGCCCGGGGGGGGGGGUACUUCCUUAUAAGGGGCUAAUGGGGAUGUGCCGCAGGGUGGGGUCGCAUUUUCACGACUGGAUUGACUCAUAAUGUUAUAUAAGAGUUUGGUUUUUACUAAUUUUCCUGCUUAUAUGAAGAAUAUGUUUUCAAUCCGGUCCUCUUCCCAUGAUCUUUGUGGCAACUACAUUCCAUCACUUAGUAAACCGAAAACAACUUAUUCUGGUCUGAACUUCUUUUCUUACCAAACAAACUCGAAUGAAAAUAAAGUUUAUGUUAUGUUAUGUUAUGUUAUGUUAUGUUAUGUUAUGUUAUGUUAUGUUACUUUUCAGCUAAGCAGUGAAAUGCACUGCCUGCCUUUUUUUGCACUGUCUAGUUUUGUUGUUGUUGUUGUUUUGUUCUUUGCAGAUUUUAAGACUGAAAUAAAGGAUCUUACUUUUAUGUAGUUUCUUUAGCUUGUAUAUACUUAUACUUAAACUUGUAAAUUAUAUUUAACAAUUAGUGAAUGAGGCUGAGUACGUUAUGAAGAAUUAUGGAGAUCGAGGAGGGUGUUAUCCGUCGAGGCCGUAGGCCGAGGUGGAUAACACCCUCCGAGAUCUCCAUAAUUCUUCAUAUGAUACGAAAGCUGAAUUCAAUAAUUGCUUUAUCAUUCAUUCAAAAUAAUUACUAGUUUAAAAGCAUGGCUAAAACAUGCUUACCUCCAUCGACCCACCGAUGUUAAGUUCAUCUUCGAUAGUGCACGAUUAGCGUUGUUCAGCUCCGCAAAUAUUCUCCAAAUAGCAGAUGUCGCCCUUUGAGUUGUCUUCUCGCUGUUCUUGCCAUGUUUUUAGCUAUUAUUUCGCCUAGUUGUUACUCUUGAAACGAAUGAAAUGUCCGCUUUUUUGUCUUCACAACCAAAACAACUCCACCUCGUCCCCAGGUCUUCUCGGUUAACGGUCCAUUAACCUGCACGAAAGCUGCACUUUUAACGUCAUCGUUUCAUUAAACGCAAAAUUCUUCCAAAUUUGGUCAUCAGUAGCUGGUUAUGGGGAAUUAUGCGUGCAAUUUUAGCCAAUCAAAAUCAGAAUCUGGGAAAUAUUUUGAAUGAAUAAUAAUUUCUUUUAUGUGUUUGUUUUUAGUUUUAUUUAUUAUUAUUCAUAAUGUAUUUAAUAUAUUUUUAAGUGUGUGUCAGCUCGAAGAUACUAGCUUCUCUAAAACUCGAAUGAAAAUAACGUUUAUGUUAUAUUAUGUUAUGUUAUAAUGGGGUCGCAUUUUCAAUAGCUUUGCUAGAAUGCACAUUUUCUGAUCUUUUGGGUAAGACAGUUCUUCAUAUUUACUGUAAACAAACGUACUACAGCGUUUGUAUUGAAGGUGAAAAGUAAAGUGUUCUUCAUUCAAUUAAAAAAAAAUGGGUCAAUUUACUAUAGGAUGAUCAUUUAAAGGAUUAAUAAGGUAGAUACAUAUUUAAUUAGAAAGUGGUUAAGCUGGUUUCGCGAAAAUUACAUACUUGCCCAAAAGUGAUUAAGCAGGGGUCUAUAAUUUGACAGAGACGAUACUAAAAUGGGUAUAGCGACUCUGAGAGGCCAGCGGCACAUACUCAGCAAAAAUUAACUCAAGCAACCUCACCCCAGCCACGAAGAAAACAGCGUAGCCUGUGAUAGACGGCACUGGAGACACAUCGAUUCGAAAUUAUAAGGAUUUAUUUAAACCCCUCACUAAAACUUGCCAGGUUAAUUUGCAUAAUGCUAAGGAAAAGCAACAAAAAUUUCUGGAAAUAAGGGAGCAUUUUGGAAGUUUUGGCUGUCGCCCCAAGUUACAGAGUGUUAAUAAUUCCAAUUGCCAUAUCUCAAGAAAAAAGUCACAGUAUGAGUCAGUUCCACUAUUUUUUUUUUCAAUACUAGCUAUCGAGGGAAAGUCAGCAAUGCGAAACUCGUUAUUAUCUGAGCCUGCGAUAUGAACUGGAAAUCACACCUUGAUUGUGAAAAUUGGCACGUCGAAUGUCAAUUAUCUGAAUGUUCAGAUCUCGCAUAAUAGACUUGUGUAGUUUUUAUUUUGUAAAAUGCUUAAAUAUUUAAGAAAUAAAUUUUUGAAACUGGCAAGUUAAUAGGAGAACUUAAAACAAGAGGAGGAGUGAAUGUCUUCCCACAAUGCAUUGCGAUUCGAAGUAAUAUAUAAAGAUUUUCAUGACGUCAUCAUUCGGUUCAGACGCUUGAACAAGUCACAACAACAUGGCGAAAUGUGUUGAAAUUGGCAGCUAUCACAGAUCCUCUCCGUUUCAAAAGACGAUUACUCUAGUCGCCCUUUUGGUCAGGGAUGAAUUGAACUUGUCUUUCGUAAUGUUUGUGUAAUUUUUGUGAAAGAUAUGAAAAAAGAAAGGUUUCGUAAUACCACUCGAAACGUCCCGAAUGAGCAAAAAAUUAAACUCUGUAGUUGAUUUCCUCGAAUGUAGUCUCAGCAGUCCUCAUUUGGUUUCUGAAAUCACUGGCUGUUAAAUAAAGGUAAGUCGAAUGUACCAAUUUUUAUUGAAUUAUAGGUCACUCCUUUCCUUGGAGAUUUUUGUCGUUCGUUUUGUACUGUCACUCAACUAGAUUCUCGAUCCAUCUAGGCUUGCGCGAGUUGCGAAUUACAUGCAAGUACCUUAGGCCCGGUUCAGACGCCCAACUUUUCAAGACCCGAGCUUAAUUCGAAUUAAGGCCGACCCAAAUUAUUUAGACCGGCUGAACUGAUUCAGACGCCGAUCUUAAUUCCAGCCGAACUAAAUUCAAAAGGAGAAAAAUGCUCAUUUCGGUCAAACUACUAACAAAAUACGUGAUAAUAAUUUAUACAUUAGGUUCGGUACAUGAGAAGUUCGGCGUUUGAAUCAAAGCCGUUCCAAAGUCGCUCCAAAGGCGAAAUUCCCAGCCGUGCCAAGCGAAAAGAACGGCUGAGCCGUUCCAAAUUAAAACAGGCUUGCCUAAUUGAUUCAGACGCCGAACGUUUCAUGUACUUAACUUAAUGUACUAGGUUCGGCUCAUGAAAAGUUCGGCAUCUGAACCUAGCCUUGGUUGCUUUGUCAAGCCAUUGAAAUAAAAGGUAGCUCACGUUUCUAAUAUCCCUUUAAUCUACAGAUCCUUAGAGAAAACGAUGUUCCUUAUUAAGGUCUGUGGCAGUGCUUCCUUUGUUGUUGGUCGCGUAAUUUGGCGCAAGUUCCAUUCAUGUAAACAUUGUUGUCAUUGAUUAAUAGGCUUCGUAAUUUACUGUUUACUUUUUUACGUUCGAGGUACGAGAACGCAACCCCUAAUUUGUGUUUGGUGUUGUGUGCAUUAUUGGGUCCCCUGUGCAACUAAUAAGGGAGGUUUUUUCGAGAUUGCACUUGUCGUUUUCGACACACAUUUGCCUCGCUUUGAGGCGCUUGCUUACGUUUUCCCUCACUUUGACGAACUAACUCACGUGGUGAUUCGUGCAUCCUUAAGCGUUUGCUGAGGUCUUUUAUUCUGUCUUCGUAAAGCGUUCAUCUUUUAAAAGUUUGCUGAAUCUUCGUAAAGCGUACAUAUUUCAAGAGUUUGCUGAAGGUCUACUAUCGACCUGUGUUUGCUGAAUCUUUCAAAACGUUCAUCUUUCAAAAGUUUCGGCGGCCGUUGUGCCACAAAGUAAAUCUACUGAGUUGUGUAGCUCGGCGGCCGUUGUGCCACAACUUGGGUAAAUCUACCCAAGACUCUGCGACAGAAAUUCCAUACUGACGAUGCAAAAUCUGUCCGGAAUCAGGCAAGAAGCAAUAAUUGGUCGACGGAGUAGUUUCAUUGUUUUAGCUAUUGUUUACGAAUGACAGACAAAAGACAAAAGAUCGCAAAGGUCAAAUGUAAACGCGAUGGAUCUCUAACAAAGCAGCCAUUAUUUCUGGAAUAUAGUCUUCUCUAGACUUAAGAAGCAUUCGAGUUUUGCUAGAGCUCAUUCGCCGAUGAACACAACACUUUCCCAAAAUCGACCAGGAGAAACGUAAAAUUGAACAAAUUUGCAUUUGAAACCCCAUGACUACCGGAUUUAAAUAUUGGUUUACGUCAUCAGUAUGGAAUUUCUGUCGCUGAGUCGCAGACGUUCCUCCUCGCGAAACGUCCCUCAGCGGCGAUGAGCGAGGAGAAACGUCUGCCGUUCGAACGCUAGUAAAGCAUGAGAAUGUGAGAUGUUUUCAUGAUUUAUAAGCUUAAUUAAGUCUAUCUUCUCAUCAACGUCCACACUAGUUUUAAUAAGUGGAGUCAAAACUGAAUAACAAUAUAUUGGGAAUGUUUGAAGUAAUUAACAGUGUUCAGAUUUAGCCAUUUUGCUUAAUAAUCGGAAUCAUUAACCAAAAUAUCCGUCUUUCAGAGUCUCCGCAUUUCCUGAGUGAUUCCAUGUUUCGCAGCAUUCUGUAGGACCUAUCACUUAUCACGGUCUUCAAAAUGUUCAAAUUUCUGGGUCCCUUUAGUAAAAAUAAUAAGAUAAGCCUCUGAAUUACUUAAAUAUCGGACUUAAUUAAACAAUGCUCCACUAGAAAAGAAACUACAGACAUGUUUUCGGAACUAUUCCUAGGCAGUGAACGGUGACAGAUCAGGAUAUCACAAUUCGAAUACGAAAAAAUAUACGUUUCAGAAGAAAUACUCCAGUAAAGCUUCCUUUUAUGAAAAGAGAAAAAGACAAAGAUUAUAUGAAUAGUCUUACUUACCUCUAGUUAGGAUUCUAACCCGGUAAAAAAAGUCACACAAAAACACCGUAAAAACACGACGUGCGUAGGAAAACUCCGCCAUCUAGUAAGGAGCACAAUCGCAAUGCACUGUAGUAAGACAUUCACUCCUCCUCUGGUUUCAAACUAUUUGAAACACGUUUUUCGAAAACGUAUUAUUUAACGGUCGUAAAAAGAUUCUAUUAAGUAAAAUCCGAUUAUCUUAUAUUAUGAUAGCUGUACUUCUUCACAAAAUUUCGUUGCCAUUAGGUUAAAACUGAUAACGUUCGUCAUAGUUCAAUGCACUUGUAUGAUCAACCGAGACACCUAACUCUCCGUAAUGUUGAGAUAAUGCGGAAACACCAAUGCUGGGACCUGGAGGUACUCCCUGUAAUGGUUUACACUGGCCGGGUGUAUGAAAGGGUAGGGAUUUCACUAGUUGAAGUCACGGGUAGAAAAAAGCUGUCAUUUUGGUCUGUAAAAUGACCAACAAUUAUUCCUCGAACCCGAAUGGGCUCUGAGUCAAUUGACUCAGAGGACACGAGGGCGAGAGGAAUAAUUGCUUUAGUUAAAUCCAACUAGUUGGUCAAAAAUAUCGAGACAAAACAACUUUAGCUAGCAAAACGCGAUUCAGCCGCCAUUGUUUUGGUUUUUAAAGCUGGCGCUUUUCGCUACUAGUGGGCUAUAACAUAUAGCCUAGUAGUAGCUCAACCAAUCAGAAUGCAGCAUUGAUAAUAGACCACUAGACAGUUGAAUUUUACUGAAGAUAGAUAUUUUCAAUGGCUGCGGAAAAGUCGAGAAAAUUUUCUACUUUUAGUGAUUUAUUCACAUUUACAGCGGUUAAAAGGGAUGCAAACAACUAAACUAACCCGCUUUCCAAAAGUCAAAACUGGCCGGUCGGACCAUGGCCGGGCAAAUCAUUUUGACUAAGAGAUUUUGCUGAAAAACCAUCUUCUUUUUCGUGCAUACCAUUUGGGAUUUGACUGAUAUGGAUCGAUACCGUAAAAUUAAUCCUCUGUUAAUUCCAGACAAGCCCCCCUUCUCUAAUACGCCCUACGAAAGGAUAAAGGGGUUUGGACCUCGGGUAGGAGCCUCUCCGCAUAAAACUUUGUUGAGUAGCUUUUCCAUCCCCUGGGUGCUGGGACCACUCGACCGUAGAUUAAACUUCGUUGUACAAUAAUGUUUAGGAUAAGGUUUAUUGGGGGUUUUACUUUUGUCAAUGUUUGUUUACACUGCCAUUUUCUCUAUAGGAUAAUUCACGAAACGAAUGGGUUUUCAAAAGAGCAAUUGCAAUUCAGACGUUUCGAAACUAUUAUCACAUUCCAGUACCUUGGAAUAUUUUUUGUUUUCCUACUGAAUGUAUACACAACUUUUGUACAAGAACGAAAGCCGUGGAGCCGGAAGAAAUAAAUGAGUCGACGGACAGUCUAGAUCAAGUAAGUUGUUGA